AUGGCGAAGCAAGCCUCCAACCGCAUUGCAAAGAUCAAAGCCCUGUUUGGGUUUAUGUGCGUGCCGUACUUGGUGGCCGCCAUUGCAGUUGGAUGGCAAGCGCUCGCGACUCCUGCAGUGGGAGAGCUGGAAGAAGUGGACAUGCGAGGGAAGACGGUGCUGAUCACUGGAGCUACUUCUGGUCUGGGAUUGUGGCAAGCAGAGGUGCUUGCACGCUGGAAUGCCUCCCUUGUUUUGCCGGUGCGCGACCUCAAAAAGGGUCAGGCUGUACUAGACAGAUUUACCCAGGAGUUUCCGCAAGCCCCUGCGCCAGUCAUCAUGGAAAUGGACCUAGCAUCACUGCAAAGCGUGCGCGACUUUGCAGAGCAGUACGCCGGGCCUGUGGAUGUGCUGGUUCACAAUGCGGCUGUCCUGGGAACUGGUGAGCUUCUCCGAACAGAGGACGGCUUCGAGGAGUGCCUUCAGGUCAACUACCUCUCCUCGUUUCUGCUCACGCACCUGCUGCUUCCACGGCUGCAGCAAAGUGCUGCGGGACGCAUCGUGCACGUUUCCGCGAAGGCCCAUGAGUGGGGGAACAUCAGCAUGCAGGACUUGCGGUCGCGCAAGGUCUUGGAUUUGGAUUUCCCGAAGAGGCGGCUACGAAUGAUGGGAAACUUGGGUGGAUCCUACGCAGACUCUAAACUGGCCCAGGUUCUGUUCAGCAACGCGCUGGCUAGACGUCUGCCUCCAAAUGUUGUGACGCAUGCCCUGCAUCCAGCCAUUGUGCCGACGGGGCUGCUUCGCCAAGCAGAUUUUUCUGCAGUGCAGAAGUUCCUGCAUGACAACAUGAUGCAGCCCGUGAUGAGAUUGGUUGGCUUCACACAGUCGGAGGAGGAUGCUCCAAAAACGCAGAUUCAUGUCUCCACCCAUCCGGCAAUCCAGGAUGUGACUGGGCGGUACUAUUCACCGCUCUCCCCUCCACUUGUACAUUGUGGGCAAAAGGCGGAGUAUUGUGGAAUCUCCAGUAUAUCAGAGGCUGCAGCUGAUCGAUUCCUGCAGGAGGCCCUUUUCGAAACCUCCUGCGAACUGCUGGACUUGAACAAUGGCCUGUGUGCAGAAUCUCCCGACAGCUAA